AUGUCUGCACCAGGCCCUCAGGACUCGCAGCAGCGAGGUUCUUCUCAGUCCCCUCCCCCUAGAUCUCCUCGUCCUCAAGGAGAGCAGUCGGGACAGAACGACGACGAGCCCAACACCGACAACAACCCAUUCAACCAGGAUUCCAACAAGCCCACCGGUCAGCCUGAGACCGACAACAAGGCUGAGGAUUCCAAGCCCGAAAACAACCCAGAGACUCCCAAGACGGAGGACUCUAAGCCUGGGGAGUCCAAGCCAGAAGAGUCCAAGCCCGAGGCUUCAACCGAAGAGACAGCAAAGCCACAGACUCCCGAGACUAAGCCCGAGCAGUCACAGCCCGAGCAAUCGAAGCCUGAGGAGCCCAAGGCUGAAGAGUCCAAGGUCGAAAAGCCCAAGCCAGAGAAGCGCAAGAAGAAGCCAGCACCACCGCCCGAGGAAGAGAGCGAGUCCGAAUCCGAAGAAGAGGAAGACGACGACGAAGGCUUGUCCUCCGGCGACGAUGAAGAAGAAGAUGAUGAAGAGUCCGAGUCCGAAUCCGAGUCUGAAUCUGAGGAUGAUGAACCAGCUACUCCCCCUCAGCAGCCAGAGCCCAAGAGAAGAGGCAACAGAAAGGCCAACGCCAAGAGCGAAGAAGUAAAACGCCGCCGCCCAGCCUGGCUCGACGAAGAAUCCGACUCUGAAGACGAAAAGCAAAUGUCACGAAGCAACCAACGAGCCAUGCAGCAGCGUCAACAGCAACAACAAAUGCAACAGCAGCAGCAGCAGCAGCAGCAACAGCAACAGCAACAGAUGCAGCAGCAGGAACAAGGAGGUGGCGGCGGCAAGGAUCCUCUCAAGCUUCGUUUGGAUCUUAACCUAGAGAUUGAGAUUGAGCUCAAGGCUCGUAUUCACGGUGACUUGACGCUCGCAUUGCUGGAGGGACUGUAA